AAUAUUCUGUGUGGGUUCCCGAUUCCCGUUCACUUUGUUUUAGCAGAAAAGAAACUACUUUUCCAGUGAUUUUUCGAUUGAAACGAUAUGAUUUGAGAAAAUCUUUCACGCUCUUUUCACGAACAAACGCACAAUGUACUCCGAGUGGGCCUCACUGGUGCCGACAAUUACGGAAAACAUCAGCAACGCCCAGUCGCAAAGCGUUCUCGGUAAGUUCGGUAUCGCUGGCGGUCGUGAUGUGGCAGCCGUAGUCGUGAAGCAGCUGGCUGGAAAUCUCGGCAUUACCAACGUGGCCGAACCGAGCACGCUGGUGUCCGAUCAGGAGGUUCAAUGGUGCAUGGACGUAAUUUGUCACGGGCUGUCACUCCCGCUGGCCGAGCAUGAUAUUAUCAAGGAUUGUGUGAAUAUCUAUUGCGAGUGGGUGACGGCUUUGUUGCCGCAGACGAAAAUUAGUGUUCCGAAGCCGAUCUGCGAUGAUCCGAACACCUACGUGCGGAAGAUCAUCAAGCAUCUGUACAAUUUGUUUGUUCCACGACCGGGCGAAGAUUGGCCUUUUAUCUAUCAAGAAGAGUUAGGGACGGACACGAUAAAUCGGCAGGCCGUGUUCUGCCAUCGAGUGCUUCGAACUUUGCAGGAUACAGCGCAAAACUCGAAAAUUUUAUCGGUUGAAACAUGGGAGGCGCUGCUUCUGUUCCUGCUGGCGAUUAACGAGAUUUUGCUAGCUCCACCCAUCGUUAAGGAUGACGUCGGCGAUCAGCUGUGCGAACGGGUGCUAAGUGUGUUGUUCGAAGUUUGGUUGCUGGCCUGCAGCCGAUGCUUUCCUUCGCCUUCGCUGUGGAAAACAUUCCAGGAAUCUUGCGCCGCUUGGCGCCACCGAAUCGCCCUGGUGGAACAAUGGAAUCGAGUCAAUCUUGUGCUAACAGCCAAACUGCUAGAAUUUACGUAUGGACCGGCGUUUCCGGAAAUGAAAAUAAUGGAAGAAGAUGCCAAUUUGAUUCCGGCUGGAAUGACCAACGACGGUAUAGCUCAAUCGUGGAUACGAUUUCUGAAGAUAUUGGGUGCACCGACCGAUCUGUGCUGUCCGCAGGUGAUCAGUCGCACGCCGCAGUUCAUUCAGGCUGUGCUUCUGAAUACGGAUGGAAUUGAGCCGCACUAUCAUCCCUGUUUGCUGCAGUUACCGCAAAUCUUUCUGAAAACCAUGAAGGGAAUCGCCGGACUGGUUGAUGCUUUUCUAGGUCUCACAAAAAGUUCAUUCAGUGGUCUGACCAGCAGCCGAGCGGCUGCGAACCAACCGAAUUCCAUUCCGCAAUCAUCUUCGCUACCAUCGUCAGGAUUUUCAUCAAUGCUCUCAUUAUGCCAGGAAAAUCGUUACCCGCUGGCUGCCAACCGGCCACGCUGCAACAGCAUUCUACACCUGUUCGGAGAAUGGCUUUUCGAUGCUGCCCACAUCGGCGGUGAAACGUGGAUCCAAAAUAUGAAGAAACGUGCAGCCGAAGCGAAGCGUCGCCCUUCGUCGAUGAUAAUGGACAACCGCAAGGGUAGCCUCUCGCAACCGCCGUCGCUUUCCGAGAUGAGUGACGUUCCACCCGGGCUAACGAUCGACAAGUACGAAUCGGGCAAGGCGGAAGCCGUCGGUGCGUUGUGUCGUAUUUUCUGCGCCAAGAAAACGGGCGAAGAAAUCCUGCCCGUCUAUUUGGCUCGUUUCUAUAUGGCCCUGCAGCAGGGCCUACGGCUAAAUGACACGAAAGAAUGCGAGGAAACGCUGGCAAGCAUUCUGUACAAUUCGUCCGAUCUCUUUCGGAUCGAUUUGGAAGGCAUUCAGGUGCUGCUGCCUUCGUUCAUUGCCGCACUGGAGCAGAUUCUGCCCGAGAAGGAGCUGAAAAUGCGAUCCCAAAAUGUGAUUGUUAACAAAACUGAGCUCAGACGAGCCGCAAUCAAUGUACUACUGUCGAUUCUGGCACUUCCGUUGCACUUCCAGACGCUCCCCAUUCGGGAUAUUACCGGAGGUCCAGCUGAUAAAAUGAUAAACUUCAUUCAGUUGAAACCGCGGCUGAUCAACAUACUGAUGAAUGCCCUUCAGGUAGAAAGCGAUGCACAAAACACCCAUAUGCUGCUUGGAGGACUACACCUAUGCGUACAGGAUUCCGGUUCGUUCGAAGAAAUGGAACUGGGCGGUGGCGGAGAUGUACUGCACGGUACCCACCCGCAGGCUAACGAUUCCAACUUGCUCAGCUCAGCAUGCUCGGAGAAAAGUACGUACUCGAUCAAUAGCGCCAACUCGAGCAUCGGAGGCAACAGCACCGCCACGCUUAGCAAUGAGCCCUCUAGUUUGCCGGCUUUCGAUGAUUUCUCAUCCGACAUUAUUCAUGAUUUAGAGUUGAGUUCGUCUGCAGUUUAUGACAGCGGCCACGCUCUUUUCGUCCGGGCAACCUACCUGGUGUGUCACCGGUUGAUUUCUUCCUGGAAGACCGACUUGAAUGUUUCGUUGGCCGCAUUGGAGCUGCUGUCCGGUUUAGCCGCCAUGCGUAUUAAGGAUUCCGAUGCUCUCGAAUGCAAGCGUGCUGUAAAGUGGAUUUGUGACUACAUCUGCUAUCAGUGCUCAAGACCUCCGCCGGCGCACAGUAAGGACCUGCACAGCACCAUCGUGGCAGCGUUUCAGUGCACUUCAGCCUGGUUGAUGCACCAUCCGUACCUGCUGCAGGACAAGGAGUGUCUAACAACGGUGCUGGAGGUGGUGGAGUUGGGUAUUUCCGGUUCCAAGAGCGUAGGAAAACCCGGUGAACCGGUUAAGCACAAGGACGAGAAAGAACUGAAACCGGCAUCGAUGCGUGUGCGAGAUGCUGCCGAGAACUUGCUGACUCUGAUUCUGGAACAGAUCGACUAUUUCCCCAAUGAGUGUGGAAAGCAAUCGUUGUCCUCGUUGCUUGAUGAGGUCGUUCUCGCCAAACAUUCGAAUACGACCGAUGAACACACAGCGGAGAUUAGCCAGGAGCAGGCGCUUCGCAAAUUUAAAUAUUUUGUUACGGAAAACUCCACCAUUUUGGCACUGUUCGAGGAACCACUGGGAAACGAUCAGGAUCCACAGCCAACCGUUACAAUAUUAAUUCGUGGUCCCUUCGGACGGCACGCCUGGACGAUGCAGCUGCGGCACUUAUCUCGAAGCAAAUCCGGUACGAAGUACCACGCUCCUAAUCCAGGUCGACCGGUUCCGAUGAACGACAUAAUGAUUCGCCAGGAAAUGGAAUACAAAUACUUCCCCGACUCGGUGGACCGUAUUCCACCUUGUGUAGUAGAUUACUCUAUUCCGACGCUGGAUUCGACUGAACAGAAAGUUGGUAACCAAGCCACUAAACAUUUGGCGCGUCUGCUGGAAGACCAAUUGGUGUACGAAAAACUAUCCUGGGCUCAAACGGAAUGCUCGGUUGAUGGGCUGGGUCAUGCUCAGGAGGCGACUCCCCCGAAUGUGUGUCACGAGUUUCAAGCAGCGCGCCUGUUUCUCGCCCAUUUCGGGUUUCUUUCGAUCGGAGACAACAACGACGGUCAGCGACUGCUGACCGCAUUGGAUGCUUCCAAGCCCGAAUUUUGUCACGAUCUAAAAAUGCUGGACAAAAUGAGUCCACGCACUUGUGACACCAUUCAUGUGUUUUAUGUGAAAGCUGGACAGACGUCCGAAGUGGACAUCAUCGGUAACAUGGACCCGGAAAAUUUGGCCAACAUUGAUGUUCAUUUUUGGAAUGUCCUAUACACGCUUGGUUGGCCUGUUAACGUAGAAGAACACGCUGGUUGGACCGGGUUUAUCAACAGUAGUUGGAAAAUCCCCAAAGAAAACAAAAACCGUCGAAAGAAACAAUCCUUCGGUUCGUCCAACAUCGAAGACCUACAACUGAACGGAGAGAAAAAAGUCCUUUACUGGGCGGACGUGGCUUCCGAGAUUGCUAUUGUCGUUCCGAAUCGCCAAAAUCGCAGUGAAAUUACGCUGGAAGAUUCCCACGACGGAAUGCCCACUACGACAUACGAGCGAAGUGUCAGUGAAAUCCAAGCCUCGAAGGCAGCUUCCAGCAAAACACGUCAAUUCUCGCUGGAAAACGAACCCGGUCGGUUAGGAAGCACAAGCAGCAAAUCGGCUGAUCCCAUUCCACCGGUACGCAGACGAACGGGAGCUGCCAAACCGGCAACGCUUUACACUGCUCCGACGGCAAAAAUUCUGCUCGUAUGGUUGGAGAGCUUCGAAGAUCACCUAACAUUCCCGAUCGAUGAUUUGUUGCAUUACACUCGAGCCGGCUAUUCGGCCGCGCACGGUCCCAUUACGCCGCUGAAUGCCAGCGAAUGUCACGUCAUAUUUCUGCAUGCUCUAAAUUCCGGACUGCUGCGGGUCAAAUUGCAUGGACCCGUCGGCCGGAUGAACUUUGCUAUACCGCUGAUCGAUGGAAUGGUGGUCAGCCGGCGGGUAAUUGGUUCGCUCAUUCGUCAAACGGCUUACAAUAUGGCCAAACGAAGACGGCUGGAUAAUGAUUCAUAUCAACCCCCUCACGUGCGGCGACGGAUUAAGGUCCAGGAGAUGAUGCAAAAGUAUAAGAAGGAUAUGAGCGAACCGGAACUGUUGGCAGAUCUUUUCAAAGCAUCUAUUUAAACUCGCGAGGAGUAAGCCCCUCCCCGCUCUCCGUGCAAAAGUAUUAUAUUAAUUUGUUUGGUGUUUACUGUUCAACAAUAUGAUUGUUGUCUCUUUAUUGUAUCGGUUGGAAAACGCAUUUGAAUUUUAAUUUAUUAACCAUAUUUACGUACCAAGUUGAUUUAUUUUAUCAAAAUCGCUAUGUUAUUCCCUAAUUUAUGCUUAUAAUUGUGUCACCCGAAAAAAAACAGUAAUCUUAUAGCAGCACAUAAUUAGUAUAUUCCUAUUGGAAAUAUAAAACAAUUUUUU